AUGAAUAAUAUUUGUGUGGAUAUUUUAACACCAGUUUUCAAAUUUCCGUCAGACUUUAACAAGAGUGAAAUUGUAUCAAUAUGUAGAUCAAAUAUUGGCUUAGAUUUAGAAUUUGUGCCAAUAAAUAAUGAAAGAAUUGGAAUUAUUUUAAAAGAUUCAAAAUUUUCAAUGGAAUCAGUUGAAAUUAUAUAUAAAGAAAAUGUAUAUUUAAUGGAUAAAUUAGAAAGAUUACAACAAUCAUUAAAUGAUUUACAAGAGAAUUAUAUUAAUGAUCAAAAAACCAUUAAAAGUUUAAAAAAAGAAGUGUUCAUAUUGAAAAAGAUAGAGAGCGAUUUAACCAAUAGAUUAGAGAGUCAAAUUCAAAAUCAAAGGGAUUGUGAAUCAAAAACUGAUAAAUUAGUAAUUCAACUUCAACAACAAUUAACUGCAUCAAUUAAUAUGAUUAGGUCAAUAACUCAUGUUCAUCCAAAUAUUUUAGAUAAUGAAGAAUUUUUAACAAAUAUUAAUUGUCUUACAACUACUUAUAGUAGUAAUAGUAGUGGUAGUAGUACUUGUAAUAAUACUACCAAUAAUAAUAAUAAUAAUUUUAGUAAUAAUAAUAAUAAUAAUAAUAAUAAUAAUACUGGAAGUGGUGGUAGUGGUAGUAGCAGUAAUUCAAAUAGAUCAUCACCUUCACCUUCACCUUCUUUAUCUUCAAAUUUACAACAACAAAAUGUCAAUAAUUUAAAUCAUUUAUCAUCAUCACCACAAACCAAGCCAAUGCCUAUUGCAUCAUCAACUUCAUUAUCCUCAUCAUCAUUGGAUCCUUCAAAACCUGUAACUAUAAUAUUAAACAAUAAUAAUACUGUAAAUAGUCAUCAACAAGAUCAAUCAACUUGUAAUAAUAAGAUAUGUACAAUUUCACAAAAUGAAACCAAAACUACUACUACUACUGCUAAUAAUAAUAAUAAUAAUAAUAAUAAUAAUAAUAAUAAUAAUAAUAAUAAUAAUAAUAAUAAUAAUAAUAAUAAUAAUAAUAAUAAUAAUAAUAAUAAUAUUUCAAAUGUAUUUACAAAGCCAAUUGUAGCACAAAGAAGACAUUCAGCAUUUAGUUUAACAACAAAUUCAUCCUCUUCUUUUUCUUCUUAUUCAAGUUCAGUUAAAGAAAUUGAUAAAAUUAAGUACUUGAUUAGUCAAUAUAUUAAAAAUUGUAACAAUAGUACAAACAGACCUUAUUCAAAUAGAAAUCAUUAUAAUUUUAAAUUUGAUUCUACAAUUAUUUCAAAUAUAAAUCAAAAUUUCGAUCAUCAUCAUCAUCAUAGUAAUAGUAAUAAUAAUAAUAAACCAAAUAACUUUUCGCCUUCAACUAGUCCAUUAACAUCAAAUAUUAAUAUUGGUGGUUUAACAAGUAAUAUUAAUAAUAAUAUUAAUAAUAAUAAUAAAAGCGCUAAUCGACGUAAAAGACACAUGGUUAGAAGAAAUAGUAUUCAUGAUAUAACUUCAUUCAUUGGUAAAAAGAAAAGUGAUCAAGAUGAUUCAAAUGACCAUGAAGAGGAUGAUGAUGAUGAUGAAACAAAGUGUAGACAAUGUUCAUGUUUUUGUUUUAAUAAUAAGGGAAUAACUGAAUGGUUAUGUGUUUGUGGUCAUUCAAAUAUAUCCCAUUUAAAAUUAAAUUCAAAAAAAUCCUAUUCAACUUUUAAUACUUUAAAUUAA